AUGCCACGCGAGAUUAUUACCGUUCAAGCUGGGCAGUGCGGCAACAGCAUUGGCAGUCAGUUCUGGCAGCAGCUAUGUCAGGAACACGGAAUUAGCCAGGACGGCAACUUGGAGGACUUUGCGACAGAGGGCGGCGACCGCAAGGAUGUGUUUUACUACCAGAGCGACGAUACGCGAUAUAUUCCCCGAGCGAUCCUGAUCGAUCUUGAACCUCGAGUGUUGAACAGCAUCCAGACGGGCCCGUACCGAAACAUUUAUAACCCGGAGAACUUCUACGUGGGCAAGAAUGGAAUGGGAGCGGCGAACAACUGGGGUGAUGGAUAUCAGAGCGGUGAGGCGGUUUAUGAAGAUAUUAUGGAGAUGAUUGACCGAGAGGCGGACGGUAGUGACUCGCUCGAGGGAUUCAUGAUGCUGCAUUCUAUCGCCGGAGGUACGGGAUCGGGUCUGGGAUCGUUCCUCCUGGAGCGGCUCAACGACCGGUUCCCGAAGAAAAUCAUACAGACUUACUCCGUCUUUCCCAAUACAACAAACGCGCCGGAUGUGGUGGUGCAUCCUUACAACAGCGUUCUUUCGAUGAGGAGAUUGGUGCAGAACGCAGACUCUGUUGUCGUCUUGGAUAAUGGUGCCUUGUCGCACAUUGCCGCAGAUAGGCUGCAUGUGCAGGAGCCCUCGUUUCAACAAACAAAUCAAUUGGUCGCAACUGUCAUGUCUGCAAGUACCACAACUCUACGCUAUCCGGGAUACAUGCACAAUGAUCUUGUUAGCAUUCUGGCCUCGCUGAUACCUACUCCGCGAUGCCAUUUCCUCAUGACGGCCUACACGCCAUUCACCGGUGACCAGGUUGAGCAGGCCAAGACAGUCCGUAAGACGACGGUGCUGGACGUGAUGAGGAGACUGCUGCAGCCAAAGAACCGCAUGGUUUCGACGGUACCGGGCAAGAAGAGCUGUUACAUUUCCAUUUUGAAUGUGAUUCAGGGCGAGGUGGAUCCGACGGAUGUGCAUAAGAGUCUGCUGCGUAUCCGGGAACGAAAGCUGGCCACGUUUAUUCCGUGGGGCCCUGCCAGUAUUCAGGUGGCGCUGACGAAGAGGAGUCCGUAUAUGCCAAUGAGCCAUCGCGUGAGCGGGCUGAUGUUGGCGAAUCACACAAGCAUUGCUACGCUCUUCAAACGAAUAUUAAAACAAUAUGACGGCAUGCGGAAGCGCAAUGCCUUUAUCGAGGGCUACAAGAAGACGGCGCCCUUUUCCGAAAACUUGGACGAGUUUGACGAAGCAAGGCAAGUAGUAUCUGACUUGGUUGCAGACUACGAGGCAGCAGAGGAUGCGGAUUACCUGAAUCCCGACAGCGGAGAGAAGCCCACCUCAGCCGAUACGGAUAGGCGAAUGGCAGGAGUGUAA